AUGAUCAUGAGAUGGAACCGUUCCCCUUUGGACGAUGCUCGAUUCUUCAAGCACGAAGCCUGUGUAGAAUUCUUGGAACGUGCCUUAGCCAGGCCAGAAGCUCGACGUGCUCAGUCAGUCUCUUCUGCAGAUUCUGAAUCAGAGGAUAAUCCGUUCGAAGUCGGGCAUCGACCUCUCUUCAGCUUGGACAUCUCAUCUGAGCAGCAGUGA